AUGGGCAUUCUGAGGUGGCUCUUCUGGGCUGGGUUGAGCUACCUGAGCUGCUGUUGUCCCCCCAGGGUGCAGGCACAGUUCCCCCGUGCCUGCAUGACAGUGGAUGCCCUUCGCUCGAAGCGCUGUUGCCCGGCCUUGGGGAUAGAGCCAGGCAAUGUCUGCGGGUCCCUUCAGGGCAGGGGACAGUGUCAGGGGGUGCAGGUGGACACUCAGCCCUGGAGUGGCCCCUACACCCUUCGAAAUGUGGAUGACCGGGAACGGUGGCCCCUCAAGUUCUUCAACCAGAGCUGCCGGUGCACAGGAAACUUUGCUGGCUAUAACUGUGGUGACUGCAAGUUUGGCUGGACCGGUCCUGACUGCAAUGUGAGGAAGCCACCAGUUGUCAGGAAGGAUGUCCAUGCCCUGUCGGCAGAGGAGAGAGCGCAGUUCUUCGAUGCUCUAGACCGUGCAAAGACAACCAUUCACCCAGACUAUGUAAUUGCAACUCAGCACUGGAUGAGUCUACUCGGUCCCACUGGAGAGGAACCACAAAUUGCCAACUGUAGUAUUUAUAACUACUUUGUUUGGCUCCAUUACUACUCAGUCAGAGACACGCUGUUAGGACCUGGCCGCCCCUUCAAAGGUAUCGAUUUCUCCCAUCAAGGACCUGCCUUUGUUACUUGGCAUAGGUACCAUUUGCUGUUGCUGGAGAGAGACCUGCAGCGACUGGUGGGCAACGACUCCUUUGCGCUGCCCUACUGGAACUUCGCCACGGGUAGAAAUGAGUGUGAUGUCUGCACGGACCAGCUCUUCGGAGCAUCGUGGCCAGAUGACCCGGAGCUGAUCAGCCCGAGCUCCAGGUUCUCCCGGUAGCAAAUAGUUUGUAACAGCUUGGAUGACUACAACCGCCUGGUCACACUGUGCAAUGGGAGUGACGAAGGGCCGCUGAGGCGGAGGCCACCCCAGGGCUCUGGCGAGCAGCUGCCCACUGCCGAGGAUGUCAGGAGGUGCCUUUCCCUGCAGGAAUUCGACAGUCCCCCCUUUUUCCGCAAUUCCAGUCUCAGUUUCAGGAAUGCACUGGAGGGUUUUGAUAAACCAGGUGGAGCUCUUAACUCACCGAUGCUGAGCCUUCAUAAUUUGGCUCACUCUUUCUUGAAUGGGACCAGCGUCCUCCCUCACGCAGCUGCCAAUGAUCCCAUCUUUGUGGUUCUUCACUCCUUUACUGAUGCCAUCUUUGAUGAGUGGAUGAAGCGGUUUAACCCCCCUGAUAAUGCCUGGCCUGCAGAGCUGGCCCCCAUCGGUCACAACAGACUGUAUAACAUGGUCCCUUUUUUUCCUCCUGUGACCAACGACGAGCUCUUCCAAACCUCAGAGCAGCUCGGCUACACCUAUGCCAUUGACCUGCCAGAUUCACUUGAAGAAACCCAAAUGUGGGCUGUCAUGGUUGGAUCCACAAUUGGAGGAGCACUUAUAGCUCUGGCCAUGCUCGUUUUGCUGCUUGUACUUUUCCAGCACCGAAGGCAGAGAAGAGGUUUUGAACCACUGAUGAAUGUGAGCUUCAGCCCCAAAAAGUACAUGGAAGAGGCCUAG